AGAUGUCUGGAAGUGCCAGUGUCGCUCACCGCCGCCAUGUUGGACUCCAGCAGUUAGAGGCCAUAUCAGCCUCCACACACACCUUCCUCGGCCCCAACAAACACCUGAAGUUGAUCCGGGAUGAAGCCGCUGGGGCUUCGGUGUUGGUCAGCACCUGUCCUCGUCUGCUUCAGCGCCUCGAGUUGAACUGCUCGGUCGGACAGCUUCUGCAUGAGACGGUGCAGGCCCAGCAGAAGCUCUUCCACUCCGGGACGGGCGCGCUGGUGUUCCUGGCUGGAGUCUGGAGUGGAGUUGCACUGGAGUGUCUCAACAGAGGAAUAAGUGUGUCGGACAUCAAAACAGCCAUGAGUAAAGCACUGGAGGUGAGUCUGCAGGUGUGCAAACAAUCGGCUGUAAGUGUGCGAGAAGUUUCCUGCAGGAGACUGAAGGAGCACAAACCCAGUCCAGCUCUUAAACCGGACACAGAGCCGGUGCAAUGCAUGGAUGUUGAUCUCAGGCGGACACUCAAACACAGCAGACACUUUAGUUCCGCACAAACUGAAAACACAAAAACAGCUGUGAAUGACAUGACCAGCAUCGCGGAAGCCGUCAGCCACGGAUGCAAAACCUCAAUGCAUUUAGUUUUAAAAGCUUGCAAGUUGCAAUCCACGGAAGACGCAGAGAACAGUGUACUGGAUGUCCAAAAACUGGUCACGUGCUCCAUCCCGGGCCCGUCCGAGGAGCGUUCGUGCGUGUUACACGGGUACGUCACGCUGCUCUCAGUCCAACAGGCCUCGGUGGUUCAGAGCCUUCAGGGUCAGAGGUUAAACAUCGCUUUAGUGAGCGGAGACUUGUGUGAGACGUAUCGUCACGUGGGCUUCAACAGGCCUGCGAACAUCACACACAUCACAGACUGCGUGGCGAGCGUGAGUCUGGGAGAGCGCUGGGUUGAGAAUGCAUUGAGAAUCCUGCAUGAGUUCGGCGUAGGUGUUGUGCUCGUACACGGCGCGGCCGAUGAGAAACUCAAAGAUCGCUGUUCAAGCGUCCUGGUUAUUGAAGGCGUUAAAAGCGCCGUUUUGAAGGACUUCAGCUCAUCCACGGGUGCCGUCCCGGUUUCCUACAUCACUCAGCUCGACGAGCGCUGCGUGGGCCGAGGAGUGACGGUCAGUCGAUGUGAGGAACAUGAAUCCGUCAGGAUUGUGAGCAAGAACACGUCUCUGGUCACCGCGGUCAUAACCAGCUCUGUUCCUGCUAAACUACAGAUCCUGGAGGACGAGUUCUGGAGCUGCGCUCACCGACUGCACCAAGCGCUCAAAGAUGGGAAGCUCCUGCAUGGAUCGGGAGUCACCGAGAUCCUCUGCAUCCACAAACUACAUCAAUGCCAGCGGACAGAGACGGAAAACCUGGUGCUGGAGCUGAUGGCUGAAGCCUGGAUGGACUACGUCUCCACUUUGAUGCUGAACAGCGGGUCGGUGGCGUCGAAAGCUGAGGCUUGGACAGCGAUUGCACAUCAGAGGAGACGUUACGAGGAUGGAGAACCCGUGUUAGGGGAUCUUUCGGGGGUUGGUGUGUAUGAUAACAUGACGGUGAAGUCUGAAGCCUGGAGAAGAGCUCUUGAUCUGGUGCUUCUCGUGCUUCAGUCUGACACUGAGAUCAUUACAGGUGGGAGAGAAGGAGAAGAUCUUUACAAUGAGCUCAUGUAUCUUUGACCUCUGCCACUUAAUUAAUAGCUUUUUGUCUGCAUAAUAAUAAUAAUAAUUAUUUAUAAAUCAGGAUGGAUUUGAAACCAAACAACCUUUGUGUGUUUUCAUACACUCUUCACUCUUGAGGAUACUGCAGGCCUUUUCCAAGAAGCUCAGCGCCUAAAAAUGUUU